AUGCAUCGUCCACCCAUUCCCUCCUCAGGCUCACCUGCGCUCGUAUCUCCCGGCCUGCUGGAAGCUCAGACAGCAGCGAUCACGGAUGCUAUUGCGACUGGACAAUGGGGCGACGCAUGCUUCGUAGUCAAGUCGAGUAGCGGCGAUUUCGCCUUUGUUCGCUUCUGGGCAUGGUUGAACCUGCUGCGCGCCAACGGGGCUGACUACCUGGCAGAUCGCGUGGAGCAAUCAAGCUUUGACUGCCUCGAGGAUGCUGUCGCCGCCCUUCGUUCGCCUGCCGCUGCGCACAGUCAGCCUACGAGAACGACCUCGAAGACCCGCGCAGAGAACGGUCAUCGUCAAAUGCUUUAUUAUCCAGUGUCCAACAUUUGUGCCACGACGAUGCGGGCUAUCAUCGACUUUCUUCAGACAGGCAAUAUCCAAUUCGCGCCUGUGACGAGCUUCAUAGAGGAGUUCGAUGACGAAGAGGACCACGCAAGCGUCGAUACAUUCGUCGAUAUCCCUGAGGAACGAGCUUCGCAGACACAAGCGCUUCCCGUGGGCCCCACGUUCUCGAGCGCUGUGGUGACCAGCCCCAAGUCGGUAUACCGGGCCGCGAAAAAGUACCGCUUGGUGUUUUUGCAAAGGCUGGCGAGCAGCGUCAUCGACGAGCAGAUUACGCCCAAGAACUGCCUGAACGAGCUAUUCGGAUCCUUGAGCCUUCGGUACGCAGAGGUGUUUGAGAAACGGCUUGAGUACGUCUUGCAGCAUUGGAAUGAGAUUGAGGACAAGGCGCAGCUGUCGAGCCUGAUCACCACCACGCGUAAUCAUUCCAGAGCUAUCGAUGCGUUCAACGCGAUCAUCAAGCACACGUCGAUCACUCAUUGA